AUGUUACCAUGCCUGAAAAGAGCUUCGAUCCACGCGGAUGGCAUGGUCAACCUAAUCACAGCGAUCGAGACAAGCGAAGCCGGUGCCAUACCUAGCAGCUACGACAGGAAGCAGAGCACGGAUAACACCGAUGCAGAGGUACCAAGCAACCAAAUAUUAGGACACACGCGUGACUGGCGGCUAAUCACGCGCGCCGAAUGGGCCGCACGCGCCCCCAACAAGGUUGUUCAUUUCAGCGGACCCGCGCCAUACGUUAUCCUGCAUCACUCCUAUCAGCCGGGCGUUUGCCGGACGGAAGACGCCUGCAAAGCAGCGAUGCGUUCCAUGCAGAACUUCCAUAUGGACAAGCAAGGCUGGGCGGACAUUGGGUACAGCUUCGCCGUUGGCGGCGAUGGCAAUGUGUACGAGGGUCGCGGUUACGAGGUGGUCGGUGCGCACGCACCAAACUACAAUAGCCGCAGCAUUGGUCUGCUCUUAAUUGGUAAUUUCAUGGAGGAGCAGCCGCCAGCGCCAAUGCAACAAGUCGCACAGGACUUUAUUAAAUACUCGGUGGAGGCUGGUCAUUUGCGUGAGGAUUACAUUUUGCAUGGCCAUCGGCAGGUGCGCAACACUUUAUGUCCGGGUGAUGCACUCUAUGCGGCUGUGAAGCAGUGCCUUGUGUAG